AUGCGAAAUGUCACGUCUGAAAAUAUUUGUUAUACGCCCCCAUGUAUUCCUUUGGAGACUCGGUUGACAAAUGUUAAUCGGAUACGCAUUCUCUGCAGCCUACUUUCCUGCAUUUCUAGAAACUUGUCUUGUCUCUCAAGUAGAGCGCGAGUCUCUCUUUGUCGAUUGGCUGUUCUUUUGGGGCCUUCUGGACUAAGAGCUCUAGCUGAUUGUCCUUUGCAUGGCCGUUCUAGCAUCACUCAUAUUGAAACUAUGGAAUCACCUCUUACAUCAUUAGCUGGUUCGACGUUUGGUGUUGCUGAAGUAGAACCAAUUAGCCAAGUGUCUCGUGAAUUCAGGGCUCAACUCCCUGUUCCAUCAACUCCUGCGAAUAGCUCCACUUUCAACCUAGUUACUACCUCUUCAGAUGCUGUCAACGCUACCUCCAUCGCUUCAUUAAAGGCUACUGACUUUCAAAAUAAGCAUCCGGCUGAAAUAUGUCACUUGCAGUCUGAAAAUGAAAGUGUUCAAUUUUCUUUCGCUCCCACCUUUGAUCAUCUCCCUCUAAAAUGCACAUGCCUUAUUAGUGAUUCGAGAAAUAUGCUUACGCCCACUUUAUCGCAAUUCUCUAGUAUGGCAACUUCAUUUCAUCAAAAUUUUCAGCGGUCCAGCUGGAUGAAUCAAAGUCAACGAAGAAUCAACAUUUCCAGGCAUAGUGAUAUAGAGGCGAGUAUCACUAAUCCUCAAAAUGAAAAGGAAGUUCGGAACGAAGAACUGCAGCAACUAAAUUCGCUGACUCAUAGUAAUUAUUGCGAAUAUGUGGAAAAACAGAAGACGAAAGGGAUAAAUCCUGGUGGCACAAAGGCGGAACUAGAACAUCCAGCCACAGAAUCCACUUACUCAUCUUUUUUAUUUUCUUCUUCUUCCUCUGACUCCUCAUCUUCAUCCACGGAUUCCUCACAGUCUAGUGAUUCGGUCGCAAACGAU